CAUUUAUGACAUUAUGCUAGGUCGACUUGCGCAAGAAUACAUGGGACAGAAAACUUCUCCCCCACCCCCUUUCGACGCUUUGAUCCAAUUGGUAGCGACUGGAAAAGUUCAGCCGAUCUCCUAACUUAGCAGAGAAAGAUGCCUCUGCACGCCUAGUCCUUGUUUGCGGCAGCCACCCCGCAGCUCAGAUUUUGGCUGGCAAGGAUGCUGAGCAACAGCUGGAAAGAUAGACGUUUCGCGUGGGACGCCCUUUCUGAUUCCCGUCUGGGGAAGCGGGUGGGCAGGGCAGUUCCUUCCUCUUGCACGUAAAACCCAUACAUUUAAAGUACUUACGAUGGUCGAAGCGUGUACCAGUCAACAAUUAUAUAUUGACAAGAAACAUCAUAUCGCCAUUUGCGUUGCAUUCCGCAGUCUCGACAUCAAUAUCCCAAAGUUUACAUCCAUCAGCUUGCUCACCAGCAAGCAUACGUCAGCAACAGAGCCCAGCCCAGAUUGAAGAACAAUGUCAGAUAACAUCGAAAUAACGCCCUUAGAACAGCACCAGAGACGCACAUUUCAGAACUUCCGGCGACGUGAACAGCCGCGGUGUCUCCCACCUGUCCUUGACUCUGAAACUACCUUGAUCGGAUCGAAUGGGCUUCGAUAUGCUCACUCUCGACCGAUCUACGACCAUUACAGCCCUUUUGAGAACUCUAUAAUCGAUAAAUAUAGAGCAUCGUGGGAGGUAGAUUGGGGUUUGGUCAAAGAGCACGAACAUGGCGAUUGGGUUCUCGUCAAGUGGGUUACCAGCAGACAUCCCGUCUAUACGGUACAACAGAUAUUGUCUUUCGCGACCUUUAUCCUCAACGACAGAAUGGACCGAUACCCAACAACUUUGGACAGGGAGAAACUUUUGAUGUGGAUACUGAGAGACAUAGUGAGGAAAUAUAGCGUGCAUGACCGGGUUCUGUAUACAUUGACCCGAUACGAUGUGGGAAAUCGGCUUCAGAAUAUUCGGGGAGGAUCGAAUACACUGGAUUAACGUCUUGGGGAUGACCACACAUUUUGAUACUGGGCUGGAAACAGAAUUGAGAAGAUGGUGGAUGGUGGUAAGAAGGUGCUGCAUUGGGUAGUCUGGAACAAGCAGAUUGACUUGUGUCCAAGCGAUUGCAGCAAGCGAGGGAAUAUAGCGAGAAUGGAAAGUUGCAAGUAGCGCGUUGAGCAACGAGUAAAGCUUUAUUCUGGAAUAAUACUGUUCAGCGG